AUGGCGACGGCGGCCCAGGGCGCGCCGGGAGCGAUGGAUGACGGUGGCAGCAGCUCCGUGAGCAGCUCCGUCAGUUCGGCCCCGCCGGAGGCACUGGAGGCCGUGGCCGCGGAGUGGAUGCUGGAGUUCGCCUGCUCCUGCCUGUGCCGGCACUUCGCGGAGCAGAGCGGGGCGGAGUUCUGGCGCUGGAGGGACGUUGCGCAGGCUCUUAUUAGUGGCCUCUCCCAAAUACCUCCACAUCAGAAAAAAACAGUCUAUCUCUGCCAGCUUUUGAUAAGAGUUGCACAAGGAAAAAGCCUUGGAUUACAGUUUGAAAAUGAUAAAAGAAUUUCACCUUUGGAAUCUGCUCUGUCUUUCUGGACUUUACUUGAAAGGGAAGAAAUUAAACUGGAAAAACUUCAUGAAGAAAUUCGUCGCUUGAUUCAAAUUCAGAUUGUAGCAGUCCAUAUGGAAAACAGGUAUUUCAGGGAAGCUGCUGAAGUUCUUGAAAGGCUGUUCACAGACUCUGAAUCAGAUAAGCCUUUAAGGGUGAAGCUGGCAACCAUAAUUAAAACCAGGGAUCCAUAUGUUCCUCUUCUCCAAAGCUUCAGUUACGGUCUUUUGAUAAGUAAAAUCAAGUCUUACAUUGAACGUUUCAUGAAAGAAAAUGAAACUAACUUCUUAAUACAGGAAGCCACAAAACAUGUGGUGUCUAAAGGAUUGGGAGCAACAACAUUGCAGAACAGACCUGUGAAAGUCAAUGAAAAUGGCAGAAGUGAUUUGGAAAAAAAACAUAGGUUGGUGAAAGAGAAACAGUAUAUCACAAGUCAGUCAUCUGGAGUCAUAAAACCCAUAGCAAGGAGACGUUCAGGACAGAAGCCCAAAGAGACCAGAGUUCUUCAGAGUCUUACCAGCAUGCAAAAUGUGGGACAAAACGAAGUUUCUUUAGCAUGUAGCCGAAGAAGACAGAAAUGGACUCCGAAAGAAGACCUGGAGCUGAAAUUGGGAGUAAAGGAGUUUGGAGUGGGUAACUGGGCUAAAAUUUUAGCCCAUGGUGCCUUCGACAACCGAACAAGUGUCAUGUUGAAAGACCGGUGGAGAACAUUGAGCAAGAUGAAACAAAGUUGAUUUGGACUACAGGAACCAACUCUUCUUGACCUUUCCCUACAUAAGGACCUACUCUAGCUUUUCAGAAUAACAUCUUAUUUUAGCCUCAGAGUGUCCAGCAGUGCUGCUGUCAUAAAACAUGAAACAGAAUAGUAAUAGGUAUAAAACAUUUGUGUAAGCUCACCUACUCUGGUAAUGAUGACUUAAAUGUAAAGUCUGGCCUUUUUUGCUACAUGCAAUAACAGAUAACCUAGAUUCUGAAAUGUGAAAAUAUUUGUAGUGAUUUAUGUAAAUAGGGGUAUUAGAUCUGAUUGGCAACAUCUUUAGUUUGAUGGAGGCUAAUAAAAAGGCAAAUGUUCUGUAUUUUUAAAGGGCUGUAUCUCUUUAGAUUGACCUUUUCAUAAUUUUACUUGCUGCCAUAUAACCCAUUCUAAUUUCUUUUGCUUCACUUUGAAAUUUAGGUCAGACUUGACGUUUCUAUAAGUUUUACUAAAAAGUAUGUACGUAUUAGUAUUGCUAAUUUUCUGAGAUGAUGGUUUGUUGGGGUUUUUUUCUGCAGUUAAAAAGCGUAAAUUCAUAUAAUAUCGUAUUUUUAAGUAACAAAGGGACUGGUUAGUUUUUUGCAUGGAAAGGAACCCUAUGACACUAGCACUUAGCAUUUCUUGGUUAGCUUGUGACACUUACCUUGUCUUGAUCAGUGCCUUCUUCCAGACCAGCAGGAAAGGGAAAGCUCAAAAACACAUGGCCAAAGUGGGGCUCAAUAAUGAGUCUACACUGUCAGUGACAGCAAAGAUACAUUUUAAUGGAGGUCACUAUCAAGGUCUCUGCUGGCCACUGCAACUCUCCUGCUCAAGGGAGACUGGGACAGAUGGAUGAUGGCACUAGCCUGUAUCUCUGGAUUAGAUCAUUUGGAAGAGAUUUCCACAAUCUCAGAAAACUCAUGCAUUCCACUGUCAUACUGGUGUGAAUCUAGUGACUUGAACUAACAUAAUACAGCAUUCUUUUAAAAGUGAAAUCCCCUGAAUUCAGAUGUUUUCUGUACCUUUUUUUCAUGGCUAAGGUUUUUAUUUUCCAAGAACCUUUUAAGAACAAGCACUUGUCUGAAUUGGUCAUAAUAAAACAAAGCUCUCUGAGCUAAUUUUCCCCAUUAAAAAGGAAAACAUAUAGUUAUGAAGUCUGAAACAUUCAGAAAGUAUUAAAAUAA